UUGGAUUGCUCAGUCUGUCAUUGCAACUGUUUGGGCGACGUGGACCUUCAACUUAAUACAUUAACUUUAUUUCUUCCUCGAGAAAGCGUUUCACUUUUUCUUUUUUUUUUUAAAGCUUAUAAAGCGAAUAAUUAAUCUACAAUUUUUUUUUUAAUAUAGAGAAAGACUUUAUUUCGGUUAUUAUUGAAGGAAAAUUCUCGACUGAGUUCCUCCAGAAAUAGCCCUUGGACAUUUGGGAAAACUGAACUGAACUAAAAAUAAAGCUAAUGUAGCGUUAAACAUCCGGUUAUUUUUGGUUAUUUCUGUAGCCAGGCAGCUUGUUGCAGACCCAUACACCGUUACUAACACCAGACACAUUCAUUAAAGAGGGAAAAGAAACGGGGAGAACAUGGGUCUGUACCCGUUGGAGUUCAGUGAGUGUUACCUGGACAGCCCUGGGUUCAGGGACAAAAUUAAAGCCCAUGAAGCAGAGCUGGACAAAACCAACAGGUUUAUUAAAGAGCUUUAUAAAGACGGAAAAAAUCUCAUCAACGCCACGAAACAGCUGUCUCAGGCCCAGCGUAAGUUUGCUCAGUGUCUGGGGGAGUUCCAGUUCGAGUACAUCGGGGACGCGAAGACCGACGAUGAAAAGUGCAUUGAUGAGUCUUUACAGGAGUUUUCCUCCUUCCUCAGAAACCUGGAGGACCAGCGGGAGCUGAUGAUGGCGAACAUCACAGAGACACUGAUGAAGCCUCUGGAGAAGUUUCGGAAAGAGCAGCUGGGUUCAGCCAAGGCAGAGAGGAAGAAAUACGAGAAGGAAACGGAGAAGUAUUACACGUCAUUGGAGAAGCUCUUAAACAUGUCCGCAAAGAAGAAGGAACCACAGUUGCAAGAGGCAGAUGUGGCGGUUGAGAUGAUGAGGCAGCACUUUCAGGAGGAGUCUUUGGAGUAUGUGUGCAAGCUGCAGGAAAUCCAGGAGAGGAAGAAGUUUGAGUGUGUGGAGCCUAUGGUGGCUUUCUUUCAGACCAUGUUCACUUUCUACCACCAGGGAUUCGAGUUGGCGAAAGACUUUGACCACUACAAAAGAGCCCUGCAGAUCAAUAUUCAGAAUACACGGAGCCGUUUUGAGGGAACACGCUCUGAAGUGUUUGAACUGAUGAAGAAGAUAAAGGAGGCUCCGCACAACUACAGACAGACCAGCCGCAUCAGCAGCGAGGGCUACCUCUACGUCCAGGAAAAACGUCCUCCUCCGUUCGGCUCCAGCUGGGUGAAGAGGUACUGCACCUUCGUCAAGGAACAGAAAAUCCUCCACAUGGUCACGUACGACCCCAAAUCCUUCGGCAAGAUUGGUGAAAACGAAUCUGUCACACUCAAAUCCUGCGUGAGGAAAACGACAGACACCCUGGACCGCCGGUUCUGCCUGGAGAUAGAGAUUACAGACCGCCCCUGCACCAUGCUCACAGUCCAGGCGCUCUCUGAAGAUGACCACAGAUUCUGGAUGCAGGCGAUGGGAGGCAAAGAGCCGGUCCACCAUCUCGGGAAAACGUUUUUGAAAGAACGAGCGAUCGACGCGCAGCUGGACGACGUGGGCGUGAGUUUUGUGAGGAAUUCGAUCAACGCUGUUGAGGCAAGAGGGAUCAAUGACCAGGGCUUGUACAGAGUGGUCGGGGUCAGCUCCAGGGUGCAGAAGCUCCUCAGUCUAAUGAUCGAUGAAAAGAGCAGCGACGUGGACUUGGCCGCGUGUGAGGACUGGGACGUGAAGACCAUCACUAGCGCUUUAAAACAGUACCUGAGGAGUCUUCCCGAGCCGUUGAUGACGUACGCCCUGUAUAAGGAGUUCAUCGUUCCUGCAAAGUGUGCGAGUCCGGAGUCCCGCGUUGAGGCCAUCCACUGUUUGGUGCACAGACUGCCUGAGAAGAACCGAGAGGUGUUGAGCUUGGUCACCAAACAUCUGGCAAAUGUCGCGGCCAACAGCAAGCAGAACUUGAUGACGGUAGCCAACCUGGGCGUGGUAUUCGGCCCCACCCUCAUGCGGCCUCAGGAGGAGACGGUGGCGGCCAUCAUGGACCUCAAGUUCCAAAACAUCGUGGUGGAGAUUCUCAUCGAGCAGCACGAAAAGAUAUUUGGGGAUGCUCCUAGCGCUUGUCCAUCCUCGACUCUCUCUCCGCUCACCGCUCCAACGCGUCAGUCUAAGAAGCAGGCACGCCAGAGCCGCCCGCUGGCUGUGUACAACCCCCUGGACAUCCACACAGUGUCUCCGUCCUCUGAGAAUGUCUCUCUGACCCCUGACGAAGCCUCUCUGGACAGUAAUGAAUCCGUAUCCUCGCAGUCCUCUACGGCGUCGACCUCAGAAACCCCUCCGGAGAAGUCCAAGAAUCCCCAUGGCAACACCGUAGCCACCCAACAGAACUCCGGAGGGGGAGCAGGCAUGGCAUCAUGGAUGAACUCCACUCCUACUUGUUUAACACCUCAGACUAAAGCUGCAGACACACACGCAGCAGCAACCGGAGGACAGACGGACAAAUCUGCAGAAAGUGUCACUCUCAUGAAAGCCAAGGCUGUGUACCCCUGUGAAGCCGAGCACGAUUCCGAACUCUCCUUCCAGGUCGGAGCAAUCUUCCAUGCUGUGACUCCGUCCCGAGAGCCCGGCUGGUUGGAAGGAGAACUGGAGGGCAAACGAGGCCUCAUCCCUCAGAAUUAUGUGGAAAUCCUGCAACAAAUGGACUAAGCUAAAAAGAAAAAAAAGAGGAUAAAUAAAUAAAUAAACGGGAGUUUAAUAUACAUGGUAUCCAUGGUGUGGCCGUGACCUCCUCCCCAGCUCACUUCCACGUUUAGUUUCUCCGUCUGCACCACGAGUGACCCGUCGAGGGUGGACGUGGCAGAUUUAACCUUCCUCCGACCCGUACGUCGUCUUAAAAGGUCGACGAAUUCAAACCUGUACAUAUUACGUGUUUCAAGUCUCGUUUCAUUUCUGUUCUUUUUCUUUUGUGCAUGUUUUUGUGGUUUUUAAGUAGCUUGGAUCUAAUGCAUGGGUGUAUAAUAUUUUAUAUUAUUUAAUUAAAGCGUGCAUUCAAACCGAAUACGAGUAUAAAUGUUUGCGAAGACGUAGCUAUGUAUGACGUAGCUACGUAAAGCUUCACGUUUAAAGCACUCCCACAUGUUGCCGUUGAGUUCACCUAUUUGUUCUGAUGAUUUGGUUUUGUUUGUUUGUUUGUUUGUUUGUUUGUUUUUGUGAGGUUUUCACUGUGCCUUAAUCUCACGACGCAUUUUGCGGGCUUGACGUUGUCCAAGAAUCUGGAUGGAAUCUUAUUUUAACCGCGUGAUACGUAGCGCAAAAGCGUUUUCUGCGCUAAGAAAUUUCUCGUAUACCUUCCGAAUUGAACGUGAAAUCAGCCAAACCGUUUCACGAUGACCGUAAAUGCAGCAUCGCUAAGUCUUAUACGCGCAUUUUAUGCGUCUUUAUAAUUAUUAUUCUCUAAAGGACGUUAAAGCUCAAGUGCAUCCAGAGGUGGAUGGGACGUUCUCAGUCCCUCGGUCUCCGCCGUUUAAUUUGAUUAAUUUGAAAUGUCAUAUCUAUCUAACAAUGUUUUCUUCCUACGGUUUAUAUUUGUGACCGAGCACCAUGACAGUAAUUUAAGACAGUGAUUUAUGGCUUGGCACGGCUCUGAUUUUUGUCUUGUUGGAAAAACCUGUCGAUCAAUGUUAAACAAAUAAAAGCUUUUUAUUCCUCUGGCGUGUAUUUUAUUUCAUUUUUGUUAGUAUGCUGUAGUGAAGUAUUUCGCACUAACCACAGACAAAUUAGGCUCGAGUCGAAGAUGUUUAUGGAGUAUUUUGAAGGGAAAAAAAAAAAUAGUUUUUUAUAUAUAUGGUUAUUGAUUGGAAACGCAGAGAAAUAAAAUACCAGGAAGGUUAUGUCGUCAGUAUUUUAUAGGUUAUAAGUGACUUAUUCAGCGUUUCUAGCUCUUAAAAGCCAUACACUGAAGUCACUUGAUGCUACCUAGAACCUGAAGGUCUAACCUGGGCAGAUUGGUUAUUAAUUUGUACUCAAAAGUUUAUAUAACAAGUGUUUAUUGCAUGUUAGGACAACUUAUGAGGCAGUGAAGGCAUUUUCACCUAGCAGUCGUAUUUUUUUUUAUGCAAGUCGACAUGAAUAAAGGCUAAUAAAUGGUGAAUAACCUAAUUUGCAAAGAACACGACCCCACAUUUAACCCCUCGUGUUCCUUAAAAUAGUGUUGGGGGG